CCCUGAGCGGGAGCGGCGGUCCCUCCCGCGGCCCAGGCCUCGCCCGCCAGCGCUCCUCGAUGUCUCCCCGGCGGGGAGGACGCUGCCUGCGACACCCGCCGAGCGGCGCCCCCCGGAGCGCCCCGCUGCCGCCCCGCGGGGACGAUGAGGGCGGAGGGCGCGGACCACUCGAUGAUCAACCUGUCGGUGCAGCAGGUCCUGAGCCUCUGGGCCCAUGGCACGGUGCUGAGGAACCUCACGGAGAUGUGGUACUGGAUCUUCCUCUGGGCUCUCUUCUCCUCUCUGUUUGUCCACGGUGCUGCAGGCGUGCUGAUGUUUGUGAUGCUACAGAGGCACAGGCAGGGCAGAGUGAUCUCCGUCAUUGCUGUCAGCAUCGGGUUUCUGGCUUCUGUAACUGGAGCAAUGAUUACUAGUGCAGCAGUGGCCGGCAUCUACAGAGUGGCCGGGAAGAACAUGGCCCCCCUGGAAGCCCUGGUGUGGGGCGUGGGGCAGACUGUACUGACACUUAUCAUCUCCUUUUCAAGGAUCCUCGCCACACUCUGAGUUCUGAGGGAAUGUCUGCUUCAGUAAGGAAAUGGGUGUACACAUUCCCGGAAAUGUAUUGUUAACCAGCUGAAAUGAAAUGGUACAAGCAGGGACCCAGGAAGUCAACACCUAGGGCAGCCCUUGAGCCGUGUGGAAAGCCUGCCCUCUGGCGUCCAAGCGAUUGCACUACCGCACUGCACCUUAUGUGCCUCCAUCCCGGGCAAGGUGCACAAGACUCUGUGAAGCUGCAAGAAGAAGCACCUUGUUUAGCUGCCAAUCAGGUUAACAUUGGUGUUGAAAUCAUCGUUCUCAACAGUGUUGUGUUAAGUUACAGGAACGUUUUGAGAAAUUGAUCUAUGUGCCAAACUUUCCUUUCUGUUAACAUUGAUCAUGUGACAGUUUGCAAGUGUAGAUGUAGGUGAGUGCUGUCAGUGUACUUGACAUGGAUUCAGGUCAUGUCAGGCUUUGUUUUGUCACGUUAACUCCCAUAUAAAUGUCAGAUAGUGGGCUUUCAUUACUAAGAAAGUGUUUGCUUUGUAAAGCUGAGUGUUUCUGGGACUCGGGGACUUUAAUACGUCUGUGUGUUGUUAUUUAAUUUAUGUGAAAACCACUAGUCUCUUUAACAGAGGACUAGCUGGGCUGUUGUGUGGACGCAGGUGGAUUUGUAGGCGCAUACUUUUCAGUAGCCUACACCUUCAUAGUUCCCCUCAUAGCAUACUCUAUUUAUAUGGAUCAAACCUUUAUGAGUCAGACACAUUGUCACUUGUGUGUCAUAAAAACAUAAUAUACAUUUUUCUUAUAAAUUUUGUAAGGAAAAGUCUGAGAUGCAUGUUACAUUCUUCAACCCUUCUGAAGGUUUUUGCCUCUAUCACGAAGCACAACCUUCUAAUUCAUUGCAGUGGGAUUGUGUGUGCUGUGUAUGUGUCUUGGACCUCUUUGAUUCUGGAGUGCUAACUGCUUAGAGAAUAGCCUAAAUUAGGCUCUGAGGUUAAGAACACUUCAUUUAUAGAAAACAGUAAGUACCUUACAUCGGAAGAGCGGUCAGCUGUCCCACUCUGUGUGGCGGGGCUGGGGUUGCACGUGCAGAGACUGGGGCACUGAGUGCUCGUUUGCAACUUGGCAGUUAGUCUGAGUAUAGCAAGACAGCACAGAACCUUUAUCUAAGGGGGAUGUUAGUGGUAUGAGUUCAGUUUGUGUUUCUAAGUUAUUACCUGAGUCAAACAGAGUCUCAGCUCACAUUCAUUAACAGUAGAAAUGUACUUUGUUUAUACAAUCUUUAGGAGGUUUAGAAAAACAUACAGUUGUUUAUUACAAAUACAAGAAAGUUGAGAAAGUACAGACCCUGGUUGAACUGAGUGUGUGUGUGUGUGUGUGUGUGUGUGUGUGUGUGUGUGUGUGUGUGUGUGUGUUAAUCAGUUGUAAUUACAAGUAUGCUAACUUAAGGGAAGAUCCAUUGUAGAAACUAUGAAUUUAUAGGUAAUCUAAAAUAUAGUGUAGCACUUUGAGCUCUUUAACUUAAUUUGGUUUAAGGCUUUUAUUAUCCAUACCCCCUUUCUCUAACAAAAAGAAUAUAUUAUCAGUUUUUGGAGGAGCUGCUUUUGCCAGUGCAUCAGCCAACUUAGACUUACUAAUAAUGUGGCUUGGACAUUUAACAACCCCAAAGUCAACCAAUAAGCAAAUCUGUAUCCUUAGAGAUGUCAGAGAACAAGUCUGAAACUGAUUCAUUCCAUUGUCCCGGCCUCCUGUUCUUCCCACUCAUUCUUUGUAUUCUUGCUGUUUUCUAAACUUAAACUAAGUAAGCAUAUUUUCCAGAUAACCCUGGUUCUCCUCUCCUGUUUGGCUGGCUUCUGCUCUCGUCAGCAGCUUAGAGCUUUGUGUGCCAGUGUGAGACUUACUGUCACUGACAUUGCCUGUGUACAGAACAAAUAUUUAUUUUAACAUGAUUAUUUUAUGAUCUAAGAAAGUUAUCAUGUUGAAGUAAUACGGAGCCCAUUGUUCAAAUCUAAAACUAACUAAAAAUUAACUUGACACAUUGAAUAUGUGAGUGAAUGGACCAAAGAGAUUUGAGCUGUUUCCUGCUCUAGGAUGAAAGUCUAAGAGGGUUAAUCACCACUUUAUAGACUGUCCUGCAGUCAUCUCAUUGUCAAGCUAAUUUGCAUUAAGAAUUGUGUUUGUGAAUGCGUGUGCACUUUUAAUUUGAGGGGCAUUUUUAGUUUCUUCAGUUAUUCCCAUUGGGAUUUUUUGUAACUAUCACUCUUGAUAUUUUGAAAUACAGUUGUGUAGUGUGGAUUUAUGAAACUGUCUAUAAGUCUAUUUAUAUGGUGAAGUUCUCAAGAAGCUGUUUCUUAUAGAGACAAAGUGUUUGAUGAUGAUAUAUAUAUAUACACACAAGUAUAUCAUUAUAUACAUAUAUAGAUAGCUAUAUAUGAAUACAGUCUUAUUGGAAAGCUUUGUUUGAUGAACAUUUUCCUGUUCUUCUGAAGAAGUUGAUGUAUUGUUCAGUUAAAUGAUCUUUUAAAUAGACUGGAGAGUAUCUAAGGUUUUUCUGGGGACCCUUGUUUUGGACCUGACAGAAGCCUUCACUGACUAGCUAGUUCCGCUUCCUUGAGAACCCAGCCAUGGCUUAGCAGCACAUUUUCUUCUUCAGCACCACGGCCUCACGUAAGCUAAGCGUGCAGCCUGAUAACUUCCCAGGAAGGAGGUGCAGGACGUGGGCCCUGACCCAGUUCUGUUGACUUCUCAGGAGACAGUUAGCUUAGAUCCCCAUGCAUGUCAUUCAGUGUUAAAGUCUUACCCAGGACCCUUUUUAGUAUUUGCAACACAGAAUUCCACAGCUCCUUUUCUAAGCCUUCAGUGGAUUUGUUUGUGAAAGAAAGGAAAUAAGGUGUGUUGUGAAGAAAGAGGAUGAUUAAGUUCAGAGAAUGCUGGAGGAAACAGUGCUUCCAGGACCUUCCAUCUGCUCUGCAGAAGGCAAGGUGGCCCCUUUGAGACGCCCAGUCUGGUUUGCUGAGUUCUGUUAUGUGUACUAGGAUCCCCUGUGUACUAGGAUGGCUGAAAUAGGAUUCCUUCAGAGUCUACCAGGAACUGGACAAACAAUGUCAAACCCCCAAAAAGGUUGGCACAGUACCUUAUAGCUUCCUGAGACUCAUCCUUUCUUCCUCCCAUGACCUCAUUUUUCUUUUUCCAUCUCAUCCUCUGAGUUGAACAUUUCAGUGUCUUAGAUGUUGCUAUGAACUAGCGGACAAGGACCAGACUCCAAGCCAGUUGGACAGGCUGGAAUCCAUGCUCUGUCACUUGGUUCACUUUGGUCUGAGCAUCAUUUAAUCACUCUUAGCUUCAGGUUUCACUUUGAACUGAUUAAUACCUCCUGUGGGUAAACAGUAUGUAUCUGACAGUAAGUGCUCAAGACAGUCAGUAGAAUUCCAAAGUUAUAUUUGCCAUACCCAUUGGGAUGGGGUUUUGUGAAAUUCACCUUCAUCCGCUUCUAAUUUUUUCUGAAAAUUUUAAGGAAAAAAACCUUUCAUAUAAUUUUACUUUCAUCACCUCCUUUUUGCCUCUUAAAGUCAACAGAUAACUUUUUCUAAGGAGACUGGGGAGUUGAUGGUGGUAGUUGUGAAGGGUGAAUAGGAAUACAUUGCAGGUUCUAGUCACCACUGGUUAAUGUAGAAAGAGUGGGUGUGGCCAGCAUUUCCUUCACUGCCAGUUCCUACUGCUCUGUUGUGGUUUGACUCAGAACAUUAUUGACUGGGUCCCAUAUGCAAAGUACUGCCCGUGCUUUUGUGUCUGUCACUGGUGUGUGUUCUUCUCUCUCUCUCUCUCUCUCUCUCUCUCCUAAAAAAAUACCACCAUUAUUAUAAACUUGAGUAAGGAGGCUGAGAGCACUUUCUGAAGUGUCUGCAGACAAGUGUUCUUGCUAUCGAAAACAUUUCUUACAAAUGUCUCAACCUUUAGAAACAUCCCUAUUUAAUCUGUUUAAAAGACAUAAAGAAUAUGCAAACAUUACUGAGGAAUUUCUGACUUUAGAUUACAGAGAAGUCUGGUAACUAGGUUGAGUGGGACUGGGUAGAUUACUGUUUUGUUUUGUUUUGUUUUGUUUUUAAAUCAGGGGCUAUUUUUUCAGUGGUUAGACUUGAUAGUCAUCUAGUAGUCUCCUAAUUAUCCAUAAUUUUCCAACCCUUGAAACUGUUCAGGAUAUAAAGGACAUUAUUUGAUUUUCAAAUGUAGUGUUCUUUAAAUGUAUAGUACCAUUUGUAAGAGAGGGAAAUUCAAAGGGGGAAUAUUGUUAGGCUAAUACACAAAAACAUAUAUGAUAAAAUUUCCUGUGUUAUGCAAGCAUAAUUCCUCCUUCCUGAUGGAAGUUUGCUAAUGCCUUGCUCCAGUGAGUGUGGGCUCUACAAAACACACGUGCUCACAGUACAUUCUGUGUGUGGUGGAUUUGUCCUUGAGGGUCCCUGUUUUCUGUAGUGAUCCAGUGUGGUGGCUUAAUUUCUGAAUUUGCCUAUCUUAGACUAUAGCUAGAAUCUGUUUGGGAGAAAUUAGUGUUUCAUAUAUGAAAUGUUUUCAGUAAGCAAGGUGCUGCACUGGGGGCCUCUUUAUGAGGGUAACGGCAGCACUCACCUUUCUGAGCAAGCUGAGCUCUGACACAGAAUCAUUUCUUAAUUUAAGAGAUCAGCCUUUUCACUUUCACAUGUGUGGCUCGUGUGUUGAACAUACAUAAUGGCCUUUUUGGUUUUGCAAAAAAAAUUAUUUAUUUAGCAGUUUCUCUAACAAUCUCUCUCCUUUCCAAAGCAGAUGUCAUAUAUCCUAACUUAUAUGUGUACAGUUCUUGACAGAAGCUGAAGUACUGGUCUAUGCCCAUGUUUAUGCUGUGGUUAUCUCAUUGAAAGGGAUGCAUUAAAGGCAGGGGUUGGGGUGAAGGAUAGGCAGGCAGUCCAUGAGAUGUUCCUGUCUCCCUUUAGAUGAUGCCCUGUGCCCACACCUGGUGUGGCUAGGCUCAGUGAUAAGCCCUCCCCUCUGGGGGAAUGCCUAGCUCUAUACUCUGAUGCUGAUCAUCUGCACCCCAGAAGCCGAGCACUUUUCCUCCUAGAUGUAUACUGGGAUUCUUUUCAAGACAUUAGCUUGUUUAGAGGCGUGUCUACAUGAACAAUAGCUUGAGAGUGCUACUGAUGUUUAAAGGUUUGGGUUUGGGUUUUGAGAUAGAGUCUCACUCCGUAGCCCAGACAGUCUUUGAACUUGUGAUCAGUCUCAGCCUGUCAGGUACCGGGAUUGCAGGUGUGUACCACUGUGGAUGGCUCCUUCUUUUUAAGUCAAAAUGUUUACGUUUAGUCACUGAAAGUGCUUGGAAUGGAAUAGAGAGAAAAAUACUCUUCCUGGCAUAGUUCUUCUGCCUUCGUGUUUAUGAUAGGAGAUAUGUUUUCCAUGAAGAGAUUUAGAAACACCCUCACUCUUCCCUGUACACACCUUUAGUCAUGAGUUCUACCUGUUUAGAUAACAAAUAGGAAGCUCUCCUCAGCUCAUUGUAGACACAUCAUCUGACAGAACGCUUACCAUGGUUCUAGCCUAAGCAUGAACCCCUGCCUUAAGACGUCCCAGGACAAGGGAGCAGCUUUAGUUAUGUGCUAAUGUGACUUUAAGUAGCACAAGUAUAGCUCAGCCAGCAGAUACUAAGAAACUAACGUAUCAGCCCACUGAUGAUCCGUUUAGCUAAUUUUUUUUAAAGUUAAGUGGUAUCUCAGUGCCUUGAAAGUUAAGAACCUUUUGCAAAGUAAACUUAGGGAGGUCUGGGGUUUGGCAUCAAUGAGCUGGCUUUGUGCACACCACCUGCAAAGAGAUUCCAGAGCUUAGGGUGGGCCACUGAAGACAAGUCCAGCCACUAUGACAGAUGACAACUGCUUUUACCGUCCUUCACCACACGGGGGCAUUUUCCUCUUCUUUCUCUUUCUCUCUCUCUCUUUUUUUUUUUUUCCUUUCUUUUUUUUCCAAGUAAGUAUGAAAUUAGAACAAUGUAAUCAAACAAAUUAAAUGUGGGCUUUUCAAGUUGAGUUUUAUGUAAACUAGAGAUUCCUGUGUGGACAGUGUUAGUUUACUAUUGUAGUACAGAGGCAGCCACUUUAUGUAACCUUUAGAAUUAUGUUUACCAUCAGGGAUUUAUUUUUACAAUAGAAAUACUAAAUGUACUGUGAAGCUUAAAGACAGGAAGAAUAGGCGUUGGAGGGUGAUACUCAGACAGAAGUGUGUUUGAUGAAGUACCCGUGUUAUGUGAACAUGAUUUCCCCUUCUGUUAAGAUUAUAAACUACACUGUAUGAGUAUGUGUAUUGCAUGUUUACAUAAAACAAUUUCAUUUUGAAGGAUUAUUUAAACUAUGUUUAUAUGUAAUACCUAACAGGUUGUAAAUAUUGUAUACUAUUGAUUUUUAAUUUUAUAUGAGCGAUUUUUUUAUUUCCCAAGUCAUGUACAAAUCUCAUUGUGUAUAUAGCAUAACUCCCUGGAGACACAAAUUUUGCAGUGAAUUUUAAGUAUUUUAAUCGCAGUAAGCAUCAGGUUAGCCUCAGAGAUGCUGGUCCUUAUUUUAAAUUAUUUUUCACCACACAUUUUCUUCAAAGGGCAGCAAUAAACAUAUGCAAGUUAUUUUGAUUCUUGAAAGUUGGCCUCAGAAGAUAAGAGUGCAGUUCAAUUCCCUGCUAUAAAGGAAAGAUGCACAACUUAGACCAUCCACAUCUGGUCCCAGGACAACUUCCGAGACCCAUCUGCACAUGGCUCUCCUCUUUGUACUAUACAGGGUGAACUGCUGAAAACACACAGAACAUCUGUUCAAGUGAAUCCAGCACUUCAGUGUCAUUACACAGAAUUUAUUGGAUUAAAGUUUGUAAUAUACAGUAUUUUAAUAAAGUUUCUGUAUUCAAUUUCAUGCACUUAUAUAUAAAUAAACCUGUCUUUAAA